AUGCGUCAGCUUUGUUUACAUCGCAUUGAUUUUGAUGGAUGGGAAGACUGGUUCACCGUCAUCCUGGUUGAUUACAUCCUUAUGCUUCGAGUCCUUGCACUUUACGGCCACGACAAGGUCCUAUCUUUAUUCCUUAAGGCUAUAUUGGCGCUGGAAGGAGCCCUGCGACUUGGGACAUUAAUAUAUCUUAAUAUAUUCCAGAAAGUUACACUGGGGAGCUUUGCCCAAAAUAUUUACGUCUGCCUUGUUGAUGGAUAUGUACCAUGGCAGUUGGAGCUAGUUGAUUGGAUUGUACCAGUUGCUUACGGGCUGCUCCUCAUGAUUCUAGCGAUAUACAAAGCUACAGAUUACUGGAAGUUGACAGCUGGCCUUCAAGGACUCGCCCUUGUCAAAGUUCUUAUUCUGGAUCAAUUCAUUUAUUUUCUUCUUGCUGUUGCGUGUUGCACAUUUAAUGUCAUAGAGACACGAAUUAAGAUUCCGAACGCUUACUUGGCAGCCGUGAUAGGAGAUCUUGGAAGCCCAUCACUCCUCUGUCUCCUCGGAAGUAGACUUUUAGUCCACCUAAAAGAGGCAGCUGAACAAGGGCACAACGAAGGAACGAGCUAUAGGAUGCGCUCUGAGUUGACAAGCGAUAUCGAAUUUGCCUAG